UCUACACUUUUAUAUUAGAUCAAAUGAAUUUUCAGCUUCUUAAUUAAGUGAUUGAUAAGAUGGUGAAGAAGACAGAACUACACGUCAGUAAUUGUGGUUUUAAUCAUGAUUUGGUUGAUUCGUUUGUUACAUCGCAAUGGCAGUCGAAGUCCAGAAACACAUUUUAUUUAAUAUACCGCUGGUGCUUUGCGGCAUUUGUGACGUGUGUAUUCGUCAUUUCACUCUAUGCACAUGUUCAGGGAACAAAUAAUUUUGGAAAGUUUUUUAUUUAUAUAACGCGAUGGGGCCUAAUGAUUAAUUUGAUAGUCGGGAUCUAUGGCGCUUUAUUGGUUACAUUGUGGCAUUUUUGCGAUGAGUAUAGAGAUGGUAUUCAAACCAAACAAACGAUUCCAAGGAAAUUUCAAGUCUACUGGGCAUUGCACACCGUUGCAUUGGAAUUAUCUUUUGUAAUAACAAUAGUCUAUUGGUCAAUUCUAUACGAUCAUGAUGAUUCUAUAGACUUACCGAACAUCUUAGCACACAUAAUGAACUCAGUUAUCAUGUUUCUGGACUUUCUAAUUAUAGGAUUUCCAAUGAGGUUGUACCACGUCAUUCAACUGAUUUUCUUUGGAGUUUGCUACGCAAUAUUUUCAUAUAUUUAUUAUAUUUGCGGUGGACAUAAUGCGAAAGGGAAACCGUACAUAUACCGUGUAUUGUAUUGGAAAGACAUAGGCAAAGCAUCAACAACUGUAUUUGGUGUAAUUACUCUAGGUAUUAUUAUUCAUUUUGUUCUGUUUUGGAUAUACAAACUACGUGUAUUCAUUCGUCGGCGAUUCUUCACUGCUGAACUUAAAUAGCUGAACAAUCUUUAAAUUAUUCCAGCAAAACGAUACUAUUAUGAAAUUACAAUAUUAGCCAAUCAAAUUAAGUUUAAUUCUCAAUAAAAUUCCAUCAAACACUCUGAUGUUAUAAUUAUUCUCUUUAACUCUUAAAUAUUCCAAUCGGAGGAGGUAAUUUAAUAUAUUAUUUGAAAAUACUUACGAUCAACAAAAUCAUGAAAUACGAGAUGACUGCACACAGAAAAAUGAAUUAAACAUUUUAUUAGAUAUAUCAUAUCUAUUGAAUAUAUCGAUAGGAGAGUAUGUUUUUAAUAAACUUUUUAUUAUGCCAUUAGACAUUAUAGCUAUAGAUAUAUUCAAUAGAUAUGUGUCCAUGGGAAUAAUAGUGGCAAUACAGAUGUUUAAUUUGAAAUACGUACGCUCAAAAAGUGAAUUCUAAAAAAAUCAAAG